ACACAUUUUAAAUACACAGGCAGGUUACGCUACCGACGAUUCAGUUUACCAUUUGGUUUCGUAAAAGGAGAAAGCCUCAUAUGGUUUUUACCAAUAAAGUGUUAUAUAAGUUUUAAAAAAAUCAUAAAGUUUAAUUCAAAUUGGAUUAACUCAAUCAUUAAGAAGAAUUAAUCGAAAAAUUUCGGUCAAAAUUUUAAAAGAAAACCUAAAAACCUAAAAAAUGGAAAAUUUAUCGAAUUACCCGGAUAGAAUCGCCGAAACGUUCGAAAAUAAAACCGUUUUUAUCACCGGGGGUACCGGAUUUCUCGGAAAAGUUUUGGUGGAAAAAAUCCUUCGUUGUUUCAACGUAAAAAAACUUUUCCUACUCAUCAGAGAGAAAAAAGGAAAAGAUCCCGCUUCGAGAUUAAAGGAAGUUUUCGAUAACCCGUUGUUUGAAAAAUUGCGUAACCUCCGCGGAGAAACCGCCUUCGACGUUUGCGUUCCGAUUAGCGGCGACGUUGGGUUAAAAAAUUUGGGGAUAUCCCCGGAAAAUCGGGCGAUUUUAAUCAACGAAGUAGAAAUCGUCUUCCAUGGGGCCGCCACGAUCCGAUUCGAUGAUCCCUUGAAAAAGGCGGUCCUUUUAAACGUACGGGGGACCAAAUUUAUGUUGGAAUUAGCGAAGGAGAUGAAAAAAUUAAUGAUUUUUGCGCACAUCUCAACAUCGUAUUGCCAUUUAGGCGAGAAAGUCUUGUACGAAAAAGUUUAUCCACCACCAGCGAAUCCACAUCAAAUUAUUAAAACCGUCGAGUGGAUGGAGGAGAGUUUAGUUGAGAAUAUGACCCCUACGAUUUUAGGGGAUAACCCGAAUACGUACGCGUUUACGAAAGGACUUGGGGAAGGAUUAGUGAGCGAGCAAAUGGAUAAAUUACCGGUGUUAAUCUUAAGACCCUCAGUGGUGGUCCCAAUUUGGUUAGAACCAAUUCCAGGGUGGACUGAUAAUAUAAACGGCCCCACUGGGUUAUUAAUUGGGGCGGGAAAAGGAGUUUUAAGAACCAUGUAUUGUAAUGGAGAGGGUUACGCCGAUUUUGUGCCGGUUGAUAUCGUUGCGAAUGCUUGUGUUACGGCGGUUUGGGAUGCAAUAAGAACUAAUCGCACGAGGAAAAUUUUUAAUAUAUGUAGCACCGCGGAUUACAAAGUAUCUUGGGACGACAUGAUUGCGUUAGGAAGAAAAGUUGUGUACGAGAGGAUGCCUUUAAAUGGAGUCGCGUGGUACCCCGGGGGUUCCAUGAAACGCUACAAAUUCGUCCAUAAGAUUUGUGUGAUUUUGUAUCAUUAUUUACCCGCGCUUUUAAUCGAUUCGAUCGUGCCUUUGUUUGGAUAUAAACCUUUUAUGUGGCAAAUUCAACAAAGGAUAACGAAAGGGUUCGAUGUUUUUGAAUAUUACGCAAAUAACCAAUGGGACUUCUCUAAUGAGGAUGGGUUAAAAGCUGUCGAUGAAAUGAAUCCGCGCGAAAAAGAAUUUUAUAAGCUAAACGGAAAGGGAAUUGAUUAUUACGAAUAUUUUACUAAUUGUACUCACGCCGCGAGGCUUUAUAUCCUAAAAGAAAGCGAUGAUACGCUCCCUGCAGCAAGAAGACACAUGAAAAUAAUGUAUUUCGUCGAUUUAUUCACAAAAUUAUUCUUUUUGAGCUUAAUCCUUUACGUUUUAUAUCAUUGGGUGGUGACACCGAUUUUAUCUAGGUUUUAACAACAAAUACACAAACAAAUGGGUAUUAUUUUAGUAGAUAUGGUUGUUUUUUUAAAUGUGGAUUUUAGAACGAUAGAUUUGUACGAUUUUUAUACUUUUUAUACCUUUAAGAGAGUGCAAUAAAAAUCGAUUAUGUAAAAA